ACAGCUCAGAGUUCUUCGGUGUGAGCCAGAACCAACAUCCACCAGAGCUGGGCCUGUGCGUCAGGUAGCCCCAGAACAGGAUGGCCUGGAGACUGCUGGUCCUUCUGCCCUGUCUCUUGGUCUCUGUGCAUGGGAACUCAGCUCCAAGAUUCGGUGAUAACAUGACUGUAGUUCGUCUGCCUGAGGACAUGCCUGAGGGGACUACAGCUUUCUGGAUUAUAGCCACAGACCCAGACAAUGACCCUCUGAUCUAUGAGAUGAGUGGUCGUUAUUCUUAUUUCUUUGAUGUCAACAAGGACACAGGGGAGACUAUCUUGGACAGUCCUUUGGACUAUGAGACAAUGUUCCUUUUUGCUGUCACCAUCUCUGUGUGGGAUAGUGUAAAUCCAGAGGUGCAGAAGCAGUUGCAAAUUGUUGUGCUUGACAGGAAUGACAAUGAACCGGUCUUCCAGAAUACACCCUAUUCUACUAGUAUCAAUGAGACCCUGCCUGUGGGCUCCCAGGUUUACACAGUGAAAGCAGAAGACCCGGACACGGGGUUAGGUGGCGUGGUGAACUACACCAUUCUUGAGGUCCUCCCCAACACUGCAGAAAACCAGAAUCUCUUCUCCAUCCUGCCCAAUGGAACUAUCAUCCUUGAAGGUCCUCUCAGCUACAACAACAAAAGCACGUUCUACCAAGUGAAACUGCAGUCCUGUGACCAAGAUGAGGAGAAACCACUGUGUUCCCAAGUAGUCUUCCUAACAGUCACAGUAAUUGACCUUCCAGAUCUGGACCCAGAGUUUCUCCAGGAGCCUUACACAGCUUCAGUAGGAGAAGAUGCAGUUGUGGGCACCUCAGUAUUGACCUUGAAGACUGUGGAUGGAGACAAAGGCAUCAAUGAUCCAGUCAAAUUCUCCAUCUCUAAUUCUACAAGGCCUUGGUUCAACAUCAGUGAAGAGGAUGGGGUCAUUGAAGUGAGCCACCCUUUGGAUCGGGAACUACUGCUAGAUGAGGAUGAAGAGGUGCUCUUGGAGGUCACGGCCACAGAGAUCCAUCUCAACAUCUAUGGGCAAGAGGCUAAGGCCAGGACCUGGGUUACCAUAAGGGUGACGGAUGUGAAUGAUCACACCCCUCAAUUCUACAACUGCACCUUGCCUGACUGUGAUUUCUCUGAUGAUAAGGUGGUUUCCACUUUUAGUGGCUAUGUGGCUGAACACUCCUCCGCCCGAGUGCCUGUUAGCGACCUGUCCAUGGUGGCUUAUGAUCCAGACAAGGGUCUCAAUGGCACUUUCCUGCUGUCCCUGUCUGGCCCUGAUCACAUGGCUUUUACUGUGUCCCCUGAAAAGGUGGUGAACACAGGAGAGGUACAAGUGUUGGUCUGGCAGUCUAACCUUGUGGAUUUUGAGGUGAAGCAGACAAUGGAGAUAGAGAUCAUAGCCAAUGACUCUAAUAGCCACAUGGCCUCCACUGCCAAGAUAAUCAUCUAUGUGGAGGAUAUUAAUGACCAUGCACCUGAAUUCAGUGAGAGCCAGUACAUUCUAUAUGUAUAUGAGCACUGCCCAGAUGGCACGGUGGUUACCAAUGACAUCAAGGCCACAGACCCUGAUACUGACUGGCGAGGACGCAUCACUUACCAACUUGUCUCAGGGAACAGUGCGGGUAUCUUUCAGGUGAACUUCAGCUCUGGAGAGAUAACAGUGAAGAAUGGCAGCCUACUGGACCGGGAACUUCAAUCUGUCUACUACCUCACAUUGCUGGCCAUGGAUGGAGGUAACCUGACGGGCUCCACCCUCCUGCAGAUCGUCCUGCUGGACAUCAAUGACCAAGCCCCUGUGGUUACUGGUUCCUACAAUAUCUUUGUCAAAGAGGUGACCGAUGACGUCUCAGUGACCAUCCAGGCCUAUGAUAAUGAUGAACCUAACACUAAUAACAGUGAGAUCCGCUUUAAACUCCUGCCUGGGCCCUAUAGUAACAACUUCACCUUGGACCCUGUCACUGGAUUACUGACGAACCAGGGACCCCUGGACCGUGAAGCCAUUGACCCCGACCUGUCAGGAAAGAUCGUGCUGACAGUGCUUGUCCAUGAUCUAGGCAUUCCCUCGCUCAGCACUACAGUCAAUGUUACCAUCAACGUAGAGGAUAUCAAUGACAACAUGCCUGUGUUCGUUCAAACCACUUAUGAAUUCCACGUAAAGGAAAGAGAGAAGGGUGCAUAUUUGGGCUUGGUGGAGGCCUGGGAUGCUGACCAGACAGAAGUCAACAAUCGUGUCACCUUCACUCUGACCGGGAAUGGAGCCAGCAACUUUGUGAUCCGUUCCACGUUCCUGGGCUCAGGCUGGAAUCAGGCGGAUUUGUCCCUGGUCUCAGAUGUGAGCCUAGACUAUGAGACACCACCCAGUAACUUCACAUUGACUGUGUUGGCACAGAAUCCAGUUGAGUCUGAAGGGACAGGGUCCGCCACAGUGCUGGUGAUCACGGAUGAUGUGAACGACGAGGCCCCAAGCAUCCUGGCAUCCUCUUUGGAGGAAGUCAGUGUGUUUGAACACCGAGGCAAUGACGAUGAGCUUGUGGCACAUGUGGAGGCUCAAGAUCCUGACACAGAUGCCUUAUUGGAAAUCCGUCUUCAGGACAUAGGCUGCUUCAAGAAGGGGGUUAACGUGGGUAUUGUGUGCCAAGACUGGUUCAGGUUGGUCCCCAAUGGUAGUGUCUAUAUCAAUGACGGCUUGGCCAUCGAUUAUGAAGUCUGUGACCUUGUCAGCCUACUCCUCCAGGCCUGGGAUCUCCAUACAGCUGAGGGUUUUCCUGCCAACAGCCCUAAUGAGACUCUUCCCAUCGCUAUCUUGGAUGUGAAUGACCAUCCACCCCAAUUCCUGCCUUUGGAUGAGACAUUUGUGGUCAUACCAGAAAUUCUCACUCCGAAUCAACAGGUGGCUUCUGUGAAGGCCACAGAUGAGGAUGAUGGGGUCAAUGCAGUCCUUUCCUUCUUCAUUGACUGGGUGGAAUUCAUCUCCAAGGAUGGUUCUAGAAUGACCUUUGAAGGCCUAUUCCGGAUCAAGUCUUCAUCUGAGGGCGAUAUAUACACAGGCAGCAUAGAGGUGGUGACAUCCCUUGACAGUUACCUCCAGGGAACCUACCAGUUAACAAUCAGAGCUCAAGAUAACCCUAGUGAGGACUCCCCUCUGGCAACCAACACCUCCUUGAAUCUCUUCACUGUGGACGAGACCCAUCGUCUGCGGCUUGAGUUCUCAUCGGAAGCAGCAGAAGUGGGAGGCAAUGCUAACGUGAUCAGAGCUGCCCUGAUGGCAGCAACAAAGACCACAGUCUACAUCGUGAGCAUUAAGGAGAUUGAAGGCGCAACCUCCAGAGGUAGGGGCUUAACUUAUAUGGAUGCCUACUUUGUGUACAGCAAUGGAACAGCGUUGACCCUCAAUGAUCUCAACCUAUACAUCCGGGAGGACCAGGAAGUGUUAGCCACACUGCUACAACUUGGGCUGGUGGUGAUUGGCUCUGGGGAGGAGAUAAAGCAGGACAAGGACAAGGAGUACCUCAGCAUCAUUGCUGGGCUAGGGGGUGCCUUGAUACUUCUUAUCAUCAUCAUGACCAUAUCAUUGGUGUGCACCAGGAAGAGCUACCAAAGGAAACUUAGAGCUGUGAAGGCUGCUAAAGAGGCCAAGAAGACAGUCCCUGGAUCUAACCUGCAGGGCCUCAUAAUCCCUGGGACAAACCUGUUUAAUUCAGAGAAAGCCAACCCCAUACUCAAUCUCUCUUCGAUGGAUCUGGGCUUUGAAUCUCUUUCCUCCCAUAACGAAGAUGAUGUUGCCAGCAUCAACUCCCUGGAUGAGAACAAGGUGGAUAUGGAUGACACGGACGUUGGGAAGAAGCACAAGGAGAAACCAGAGUUGACAGACUCUGAGCUGCUGACCAUGGUGCUGAAGGACGGAAAGGACAAAAAUCAAAAGGACAAGCCGGUGCUGAAAUUGGGUGAAGUCAACAUGGGUCUGGAUACCACCGACCUCUGAUCCUGACUACACUACAUGCCACUCUCCCACCCUACUCCUGAGGUCACCCCUCUCUCACUCGUCCUUCUUCCAGAACACAUAUCAUGAGCCCUGACCUGUUGAUGACCUACAUGACAAUCUGUGAGUCCUGACCCGGCUGCUUUUGGGAUGAGACUCAGCUCUUCCCUGCUAUGUCUCUCAUUCAUCUCACCUGCAUGUGCCUCAGGCUUGGUGGCUGACCUCAGCCUGUGUCUAUAAUAAAUUAAUUCUCUUGUAUUGUC